GGGGACUCCCUAUCAGACGGUUACGAUGCGCGUGCGGCUAUAAAAGCGCACACCGCACAAAAAUAUUCAUUCGCACACCUACAGUCGUGAGCAACAGACGUUAACAAACAACUCCCAAUUUUAAAUAAAUAAAUCUACUCUGAAUUCCAAAACCGAAUUCAAAAUUUCACAUUCUUCUUACAUUUACGAAGAAACAGAAAAUCAAUUUACAAAAAUGAAGAAAUACUCAAUCCUUGGUAACAAGAAGAAGGUGACGAUGGAAGUUAACCCUACGCAGCUGAAGAUCGUGGGCAACAACUGCAUUGUGAGGGUCUCAGUCAACCAUGGAGAGAUCGAAGUGAUCGGGAAUGACUGCCGUAUCGAAGUGUCAGACAACCAUGGAGUGAUUAACAUGGUGGGCAGUAAUGGAACAGUGAUUAUCAGCAAGCGAUGGAAGGGUGACAGAGUGCAGUUGGUUGGAACCAGCUGCCACCUCUUUGUGGCUGGGAAGGAGAGAAGCACGGGCUAUGAGGCCCAGCUCUCUCCCUUCAGCAAGGACUUGGAUGACGUUAUUGAAUCUAUCUUCACAUUUGUGAUGCGGUGAAGGAAGGAAGUAGUGAACAUUGGACUUAAGUGCUGUGAAUAGCUUUAUGUGUCGGUUCAUUUGAAAAUCGGAAUUUACGGUCGUCUUGUGGGACGUGAUAGAGUUCUCUCCAAUGGAAUAUGUAGGAGAUAUUCGUAUUCCAUAAUUGUGAUGUGUUUUGAAAUAAAUGCUUUGAAAUACA